AAUCGUGCAGGUUUUUUAUUUUUAAUAUUAUUAUUUUAUCUUGUUUUGGGAGGGGGAACGGGGGGCGUAUGACAGGAAGAUGGGGAUAGGGCAAGGAGAGGGGGAUAUGGAGAGGAGGAGGAGGAGGUGGACGAGGAGGACGGCGAGGAUAGCAAGGACGACGAGGAGGAGUCGAGAUGGGGGAGGAGAAGAGAUGGACGGAGGGAAAAGAGGAAGGGCAGGAGGAGGAGGACGAGUGGGAGGAGGAGACAUGGACGACGAGGAAGGGGAGGACACGAGGAARGGGAGGACACGAGGAAGGGAAGGAGACGAGGAGGCAUGGAAGAUGAGGAAGUACGAGGAGGAGGAGGAGACAAGGAGGAUGAGGAAGGGCAGGAGGAGGACGAACAGGAGGAGGAGGAGGAGAGGAGACGAAAAUGAGAAGGGAGGAGGAGACAUGGAGGACGAGGAAGGGGAGGAAGAGCAAGGGACGGCCACGCUCGCUCGUACCUUGGUCCGCCAUCUCCUGUGGUCUACGUGCACGGAGCUUGACGGGGAUAACUGCUACUACCCCUCUAAGGGCGCUUUUGUGGUCAUCGACGUCACUGAUCUUUCCCUCUGGGACCCUCACAUCCGGCGAGUGAACGUAGGAGAAACCAGCGAGGAAGCCGGAGAGGAGGAAGAGGAAGAAGAAGCAGCCGAAGACGAGAUCCUGGAGGAUGAUCAUCUUCAGUACACGGAAGGAAAGGAAACGCCUGAGGAGGGGGAAUCGGAGGCUGGGUCGGACGAUCCCGAUUAUCACGAAUCGGAGGACGCCGAGUCGGAAGAGGCCAGCUCGGGACGGGAGGAGUCUGAGGAGGAAGAGGGCGGAUCGGGUGAAUCGAGUGGUCCUACCGAGCUGAGCAAGGAGGAGAAAGAGGCUGUGGCGCAGAGAAGACGGGCAGCGACAGAAGGCAAGCGGCAUCGAGGAAUCAGAGGGGCCGCCACCGCAAUUGCUGCAGGGCGAUCCGACGCUCAAUCCAGAGCCGCCACAGGAGGAGAUCGAGAGAAAUGGAGGCGCCAUUGCAGAGGGAUCGGGAAGCCGACGCCGCCGAAGAAAUUCGACUACAUCCACCCUGAACAGGCCUUCUUUAUGAUCAAAGAGCAGGUUCAGAAGCCCCUCGAGUCUGUCACAGAAUACCGUAGUAGGUUUUACAAACUGUUUGUCAAAUCUGCGAGGGACGAGAAGGUCGGAAGGGGUUUGUUCAUCGAUGGGCUUCGCAGCCAGGCAAUGAGGGCGAAACUGCGAAAGCAGUUUUCUCCCAUCAAUCACACUAUGCAACAGAUUAUGGAUGGGGCGGAAGAGAGGGAGAGGAAGUUUGCCGCUAGCUUCCUAGAAGGGGAGGACCACGCUAAGGAAGGGGAUUCCUUAGAAUUGGCCAGGGCGAAGACCGAGCUGGCCGCACUUCGAAACAAAUUUGAGAACAUGGGUUUCGUCUCCAGCCCCGUCACUUACUUAGAACAGGUUUUGGACGUGCCGAUUCUGGACGCGGCUAAGUGGGCACAGUGGUGGCACACUUACGUGGCACUCAACUUCUGCCUCCUCGAAGUCAUCUUCCAUUGGGCGGAGCCUGCUGACAAGAGCGAGGAGGAUGAGAUCCCGGACGACGGGGUGGAGUUGUUCAUCAUCCAGGCUUGGAGAACGGACAUGGAGGGAGAGCUUUUGGGGAUCCUAUUCGGGGAAGCUGGGUCAGACGAUCCCGAUUAUCACGAAUUGGAGGACGCCAAGUCGGAAGAGGCCAGCCCGGGACUGGAGGAGUCUGAGGAGGAAGAGGGAGGAUCGGGUGAAUCGAGUGGUCCUACUGAGCUGAGCAGAGAGGAGAAAGAGGUCGUGGCGCAGAGAAGACGGGCAGCAAUGGAAAGCAAGCGGCCGAUCGAGGAAUUAGAGGGGCCGCUGCCGCAACUGCUGCAGGGCGAUCCGGUGCUCAAUCCAGAGCUGCCACAGGAGGAGAUCGAGAGAAAUGGAGGCGCCACUACAGAGGAUCGGGAAGCCGACGCUGCCGAAGAAAGCAAUGAAGGGGAUAGCGGAGGAGAUGGAGGUGUUUCUCUGUGCUCGACUUCUGGUGGGUGGAUGAGCGUGAGCUCCACGGCCGCAGCCAUGGAGGGAGAUGGAAGUGUUUCUGCGUCUUCUCUCUCUUCUUCCUCUACGUCGUUGCUUUCGGAGUCUCCUUCUUCUUCCUUGUCGAAGGCGACUCUUCUGAAUGCUGCUCAAUCACUGGUGGAAUCAAGCCGGGCGGCCAUAGCCGCUCUCCAAAGCGCUGUCCAUGAGAAAGGAACUCCCAGAGAUUUGGCCAAAAUAAGAGUGCUUCAGAUCACAGCCGCGGGAUUACUAGAUGCCUUGUCAAAUUUGACGUACAAUGCGACAGUGGCGAAGAAGCUGAGCGCAAAUGACAAAGCAAGAACCAUGCUUGAAGAUGUCAUCACUUUAUCAUGGCAGUUGCAAGAGCUACCACGUAGCCAGGUGCACGCGGAAGCAAAAGCCUUGUAUCAAUCUCAAGCGGCAGGCAAAACACUAAGUCAGCAAGUGGUCUCGAAAGCUCAGAACCAGGUCCAAAUACCAGUCCAGGUUCAGAAUGACAGUUUCGUGCAGAAUGGCGGUCAGCUGAAAACACAAAGUCCCACCACACCUUCCAUGAGGCAAGGUAAAUCUCAAGGUACUGUUCAGACCAAGGAACAGAUUCUGAACCAGGAACAACACAGUGCCUUGGCAGCUAGUGACCGGCCUUCAACAACACAUCUCCAGGACACAACCAAAGUUGUCCAUGACCGAGGACUGCGGGUUGGGCAAUCUGACGGAGCAGCAGAGAGAUCAUCAACGGCUACAGCUGCGCCUGUGGUUCAGGCUGAGGAUGGUCAGACCCCAGGUGCUAACCCAACAGCAGCAGGGAAAAGGUCCGAUGGAAAGGAAACACAAGAAGCAGCAGCAGCUGGAGGAGGAGGAGGAGGUACGGGGGGGAUUAUUUCAAAAUCGCAAAACCAACUUCGUGUUGCUUUGUGCGCAGCAGACUAUGUCGAAGUCCUUCACCGCUGCGUUCCGGCCUCCUCCUCUAGUGCUGCUGUGAGUUCGGGAAGCAAUGGGGAGACUUUGGUGUGGAGGGACGGGUUCCCAAGAUCGCCAGACUCCCUUCUUGUCGCAGACAGCUUUGGGGUAGAGCUCAACUCAGUCCGACCACAGUCGCCAUUGCCCAAGAAACCAGGACAAAGGUUCUCAGAGCAAAGAGAGGUGGUCCACCAUAUUCCCCCACCAUGCGCUAGCGCAUUGAUUGCUCUUGCAAAUGUUGCCCUUGCAUCCAGCUCUGAUAUGCAAGUGCCGCUGCCAGAUUAUUUCGGCCAAACCGCGAUAAGCCAAAUUGACGCAGCGAAACAGCGCGGGAAUGCUGCAUUGUCGAGAGCAGACCACUCAUAUGCACGGUGCUGGUAUGACACUUCGAUUAGGCUUGCAAAUGCGACACGAGUGCAGCCGGGAUUACAGUACGCAGAUCAGCAUGUACUUUGGAGCAACCGUGCUGAGGCAUGCAUUCGAGGGGGGCUUUACGAGGAGGCCGCGCGCGAUGCGGAGCAAGCGCUCGCCCUCCAGCCAAACCAUAUGAAGAGCACGCUACGGCUUGAGCGAGCACAGGAAUGCCUCAUCCGUCAAAGAAAGCAAAUGGCACAUGGUCGGAGCGAUGACGCGAGUUCAAGUCCGCAGAGCAAAGCUAGCGCUAGCUCGCCACAUGCGAAAGUAGGUACCAGUCCUUGCCAUUCCAAGACAGUGCAGUCAGAGGAGGACGCUCACGAGCAACUGGCAGGCCAAGGCUGCGCUAUGAUGAAGGGUGCCGCAUGUGCAACCGCGGCCAAGCUGCAAGGAUCAGGGUCACCUUCCCAACCUGAAAAAUCCCCCAGGAAAAGCAGCGACAAAAGCCCAUUCGCCGCCAAAUCGCCUUUGGCAGUUGAGCAGCAGAGCCCCGGCGACAAGAGCUCCAAAGGGAAGUCUGCAACCACAACGACUAAGAGUUCGAAUGAGACCCUUUGGUUCGAUGCGGACGAAAAGCUGCUGAAAACGGACACGAUGACCAGGGCUACACUUACUGCAGGAUCGCCAUGUGUGAACUUGAUCAGCAGCACGACACCCAGGAAAAACAGCUCAGCCAGCAGCACGACACCCAGGAAAAACAGCUCAGCAAGCAGCACGACACCCAGAAAAACCGCUACAACGCCAAGAAAGAGCCUCAUUGUUGGCAAAAUAACAACUGCCCGUCAGAGCCCCUCUUUAGUGUCCGAAGGAAGCUGUGACAACAGCAGCAGUGGCAGUGCGGACAACCCCCCUAGCGAUGAGAGACCGAACCACCAGCCCAACACCGCACCGCCAAAUUCGAUCCAAGCGCGGAUUAGCAGUAAUUUGUCGUUUGCUGCAAAUGGCUGGAAGGGUGGACAGGUGGCUGGGUGCUGCACGACCGCUGCAGGAGGAGCGCAUGCCGUCACUCCUGGGACCGCGAGAAGAUGGAACAUUACUAUCGUGACCAGUCCCGCAAGUCCACGGAGCCCAGGAAGUCCGGAAUCACCAAACGAGACCGCGGGUAACAUUACCCCAUCACCACAGCUGCGUCACAGAGAAAGACGGCAAGGGAUGCGUCGCAAAGAUAACAGCUAUGCCUAGCUUGCCACAAGGGGAGUGACUGAGAGCUCGGGGCGGGGUUGCAGGUUGGGGAAGAAAGCAUCCUAUUAAUUGUGACAUUUCCUGGAAGAGACAAACAAGCCAGCGACAACAAACUUUCCGGCAGGUGCUUAAUAAAUGCUGCCAAGGGUGUUGUGUUUGUCUUAACUGCUACCAAGAGUGUUUUUCUCUAUUACUACAGGUGAUAUCAGUGCAAUGAGCCGCCACAGGCGUGUGCUGAGGUACGAAAGAGCUGUAAAAAAGUAAAUACACAGUACAACUAACAUAUACCAAGGUACGAAAGAGCUGUAAAAGAGUAAAUACACAGUACAAGUAACGUAUACCAAGGUACGCAAGAACUGCGUUAGAGCAAGUACUUAGUGCAACUAACGGUGCAUAGUACUGCUCGUGCCAAAGGUAGUACACUUGGCUUGGCACACACCUAGCACAAAGGAGGUUGGUUUACUUACUAAGCACAAAUGGUGUGGUGGUUACUAAGUCCGGUUUCAGUGCUCUGAGCUGUUACAGGUGUGUCCUAAGCCUAGGUAGGAAAAAGCUGUAGUAGAGUAAGUACUAGUACAACUAAAAGUACUUAGUGCGCCUAAAGGUACUUAGUACAGCUUGCCAAAUGUAAUACACUUAGCAAUAGUACAGCUUGCCAAAUGUAAUACACUUAGCACACACUUAGCACAAAGGAGGUAAAGGUACGAAAAAGCUGUAGUGCGCCUAAAGGUACUUAGUACAGCUUGCCAAAGGUAAUACACUGAGCACACACUUAGCACAAAGGAGGUAAAGGUACGAAAAAGCUGUAGUAGAGUAAGUACUUAGUGCCCCUAAAGGUACUUAGUACGGCUUGUGUGUGCCUAAAGGUACUGUAGUUCAGCUUGCCAAAAAGCUGUAGUAGAGUAAGUACUUAGUGCGCCUAAAGGUACUUAGUACAGCUUGCGUGUGCCUAAAGAUACUGUAGUUCAGCUUGCCAAAGGUAAUACACUUAGCACACACACUUAGCACAAAGGAGGUUGGUUUAUUAAGCACAAAUGGUGGUUACUGAGGGUGGUAUCGAUGACUGAGCUGCUCCAGGUGUGUACUGACUCCUGAGAUACAAAAGAGCUUAGUAGAGUUAAGCACUUGAUCAUACAAUUGAAGGGAGGGUAGUGCACUUGGCACACAGGACAACUAAAGGUACUCAGUACUGAUCACUGGGGGUAGUGCACAUAGGACAACUAAAGGUACUCAGUACUGAUCACUAGGGGUAGUGCACUUAGUACAACUAAAGAUACUUAGUACUGAUCACUAGGGACAGUUCGCUUAGCACAAAGCAGAGAUACUUAGUACUGAUCCCUAGGGACAGUUCGCUUAGCACAAAGCAGAGGUGGUUUUACUAACCGCAAACGAUGGUCAAUACCGAGCAGAACGGGCGGUUCAACAAAAGGCAAGCGCCACCCGCAUCCAAUACUCGGUGUGGUUUACCAAAUGAGUGUGGUGGUUUAGCAAAUGAGUAUGCUGGUUUAACAAAUGAGUAUUUGAGGA